GAUAUUUCAUGUACCAAAGAUUUCCCUCACUUUUUGGACAUUGUUGACCAUAAAUAGAGCUUUCAAGUCCACACACAUCAAAUCUCCAAACCAGCCAUGAAGUACUCUUCCCCAUUAAUCCCUCUUUCUUUCUCUCUUGCCUUUGUCCUUCUAUCUUCAUCUCCAACAUGGGCUCACAAACAUGAAGUUACUCUUCCAUGUAUCUCCGAUCAUUCUCAAGAUAGUUACCCUAUUUCCAAAGUUGUUUACUCUCCAAUGGAUUCUACCUAUUUUUCUGUGUUGAAUUUCUCCAUUCGAAACCCUAGAUUCUCAACAAUUGACACUCCAAAGCCACUCCUCAUCAUAACACCGGCAAAUAUUUCCCAUAUUCAAGCUGCAGUCAUUUGCUCCAAAACGCAUGGCCUCGAAAUCCGAAUUCGAAGUGGCGGCCAUGACUACGAGGGUCUUUCAUACAUCUCCCACCUUCCAUUUAUAAUUGUAGACCUAAUCAAUCUCAGAUCCAUCACCAUUGACGUCAAACACGAAACUGCAUGGGUUCAGUCCGGAGCAACUCUUGGCGAAUUCUAUUAUAGAAUUGCUGAAAAAAGUCGAACCCUCGCGUUUCCGGCUGGUCUUUGCCCAACGGUCGGCGUUGGAGGGCAUUUUAGUGGCGGUGGUUAUGGGUUGAUGAUGAGAAAAUAUGGUCUUGCCGCUGAUAAUGUGAUUGACGCUUACUUAAUUGAUGCUAAUGGGAAAUUUCACGAUAGAGAGUCGAUGGGGGAGGAUCUGUUUUGGGCCAUUAGAGGGGGUGCUGGAGGGAGCUUCGGAAUCGUGGUGGCGUGGAAGGUGAAGCUGGUUCCAGUUCCCGCGACUGUAACGAGUUGCUCAAUUAACAGAACUUUGGAAAAAGAUGCAGUGAAGCUAAUCCAUCGGUGGCAAUAUGUGGCUCACAAAUUGGAUGAAAAUCUAUUCCUUGGCACCAUUUUGUCUGGUGGGGUUUUAAAUGUUUCCCAAGGAGGAGGCGAAACAAAUAAAAAUCCAAUAGCCUUAUUCUUCACUUUGUUUCUUGGGAAGGUAGAUGAACUUGUAAAAAUUUUAAAGACAAAUUUCCCAGAGUUGGUUUUGGCAAAGGAAGAUUGCAUAGAAUCGAGUUGGAUCGAAUCAGCUCUUGUAAAUGCAAAGUUGACAGGGUUUCCAGCAGACGAAUCCUUAGAAACUUUGCUCAAAAGAGAUCCUCUCACCAAAGCAAGCAUGAAAAUCAAAUCUGAUUAUGUCAAGGAACCCAUUUCCGAGACUGCAAUCGAGGGCAUAUGGGAAAGAUUGAAAACUCAAGAUAAACAAGGGAAAGUUUUUAUAUUUAUGCCUUAUGGAGGGAUAAUGAGUCAGAUUCCCGAGUCGGAAACUCCUUAUGCCCACAGAGCUAGAUAUCUGUACAAGAUUGGCUACAUUAUUCAGUGGGAAGAAAAAGGCGUUGAUGCGGAGAAAAUACACCUCGAUUGAAUACGAGAGCUUUAUGAUUACAUGACCCCUUUCGUUUCCAACUCUCCGAGGGCUGCAUAUCCCAAUUAUAGAGACCUCGACAUUGGAACCAACAACAAAUAUGGAAGGACCAGCUACAAGCGAGCAAGCGUUUGGGGAUUGAAGUAUUUUGGGAACAAUUUUAAAAGGUUGGUAGAUAUCAAGACCAAAGUUGAUACUUAUAAUUUCUUUAAGCAUGAGCAAAUCAUACCGACUCUCUAGCAGGCAUAAAUCUAUUUAUGUUUUGUGUACAUUAUAUGUAUUUUUCAGAACCAAUUUGAAUACAGUUUAAUGGUAAAGAUAUCA